AUGUCGCGGGCGGCGGGCGGCGAGUGUCGCAAGGAGGCGGCGGGCUGGGAGGGCGAGGAGGGGCAGUGCGACUCGGGCAUCGAGUCGCUGCGCUCGCUGCCGGGCGGGCGGGAGACCCCGGCCGCCGCCGAGGAGCGCCUGGACUCCAGCUACGGCUCCGGCGCCUUGCCCGAGCCGCUGCCCGGGCUGCCGGCCGCCUGCCGCGCCGAGCCGCCCUCGCCGUCGCCGUCGCCGUCGGAGGGGCUCAGCCGGCAGCAGCUGGAGGCGCUCACCUACAUUUCGGAGGACGGAGACACGUUGAUUCAUCUGGCCAUUAUCCACUGUGUCCCAGAGGUAGCUCUCUGCUGCAUUGCUCAACUGCCCAGAGAAGUGCUGGAGAUCCAGAAUGACCUUUUCCAGACUCCGCUCCACUUAGCCGUGUACCUGGAACAGCCCAGCGUGAUCCAGGCACUCAUCCACAAGGGAGUCAACCCCAGCCUGCAGGACCGCAAUGGCAACACCCCACUGCACUUGGCCUGUGAGCAACAGCAGGUGCAGUGUGCCCAGCAGCUGCUGCAGGGCACAGCCCUCACAGAUGACACAGCCGAGCUCAGUGGGCACCAGCAGGACCUGCAGCUCCAGAACUGGCAAGGCCUAGCCUGUCUGCACAUCAGCACCUUGAAGGGGAAUAUCCAGAUGAUGUCUCUGCUGCUGCAGAGCGGGGCCAACAUCGAUGUUCGGGAGGGCACGAGCGGGAAGACCCCAUUGCACCUGGCUGUGGAGUGCCACAACCGCAGGGCUGUUCAGUUCCUGCUGCACAACGGGGCAUAUGUGGAUGCCCAGAUGUAUAAUGGGUGCACCCCGCUGCACCUGGCCGUGGGCCGGAAGGAUGCUGCCAUUGCUGCCAUCCUCUCGCACUCUGGGGCUGACACCCUGCUGAGGAACAUGGAGAACGAGACAGCCCAGGACCUCGCUGAUGGCAAUGAUGAUCUCCUUGCCUUGCUGCCCUUCGAUGAUCUGAAGAUCUCGGGGAAGCCUGUUGUGUGCUCUGAAUGAGUGGCUGGACAUCUUCGACCCGUGGGACUGCCUCCUCCCUCCAUGCUGUUGCCCUGAUGCCCACUGGGACAUUGUCUGCCUGCAGUUCAGCGGGUGCAGAGCCAGCUUGGGAGACAUUAUUGCCCCUUGCCCCCCUUGGUGGCCUCGGGCUGCCUUCACGCAUGGAAGAAGGUGGCACUAUGAGCACUACAGAAGGGGAUAUUUUCCUUUAGGAUUUCUGCUUGGCAGGGUCUGUGCUGCAGACCAGCAGGACUGAAUUUCCUGUCUCUGCCAUGAAGCUGAAUUGUAGGGGUCUCCAGGCUCCAGUUUACCCUGGGAAGGAGCAGGAACAGACUCCUUUCCACACCGUACAGUGGAUGGAGCAUCCUCUAGCACCCCUGAACACUAUCAGAAUAAGUGUGGGGUGAAGAGAGUUAACACUCUAAUAAAUGUUUGUUCUUGCUGCGGGUGCUUGAGGUCUCAUGUGAUCUAACACACUCCACUCUCCUGCAGCAUCAGAGAGGCGAAAAAUCACCUUGGGCCACUGGCCACGUGAGGGCUCCAGAUGUUUCUCAUCCUGCCCUAGCCCGCCUGUUCCCUUGGGUC